AAAGACGCGCGAAUAGUCUACAACUUAUUCAUCUGACGUUGGCUGCGAAAUCGCGAGAGGGAAGGCAAUCAUGGCGGACGUACAACGCACGGCAGACGCGACGCUCGUCCGAACGGUGAGAAAUUGUCCGUCAUCGUUGCGAAAGGUAUCGUAAAUCUACGUGCGACGUGCUUUGUCGUCCGUUCUAAGCAAACAACAUCCGAAGGUUAUCGGUCAACUAAUUACGAGACGGACUUCGAGACGAUUAUCCGUUCAGCAUAGGACAAGAAAGAUCGCCACGAACAUUAUGGAUUAUCGAACGCGAAUUUCGGUGAGCAAAUAGCGAGUGAGACUCGAUCGAAUUUGCGAUUCGUAUUUAAUCGCAGCUCUCGCUCUUUCAACACUCUCGUUAUCGGAUCUGCGAAUUGCGCGAAAUUAGUCGUCGUCGCAUUAUCAGCGUCGAGCGAACGAGCCGCGCGUCGGGAGAAGAGAUCGAGAUUAUAAGUCAAGUGUUACUCGUUCUCGGAAACGUGUGCAACUUCGCCUCCCCCAUACGAGAGAGAGAGAGAGAGAGAGAGCGCUAUCUGUGUACAUACACGUACCCUCUCCCCUUCGGAGAUUCGUAGCUCGAUCCGUGCGGCCCUGGGACCGCGACACCGCCUAUCGCGUGAGGCACACAGUAUACGCGCGCGUCGUCGUCGUCGCCUUUGUGUAUAUGUCGCGCGGCCCCACUCGCACACGCGUACGCUCCUCGCUCCUGCCUCUCUCGCUCCGUCUCUCUCGGUCUGUCGCGCAUACGCGCUCACUCUCUCUCUCGCGCCCUCUGCCCUCUCCAUCGGUCGCCGUAACGCCGCGAGCCGUUGACUCGGCGUAGUACCGUCGGCGGCGUGACGCGGCGCUCUCAGUCGUGCUCCUGCCGCGGCGCCAUCACGUACGUUGCUCCGAGCUCCGAGUUCGUCCGACUCCGUGCGGCGGAUCACAGUUUGCUUUCCGCGGUUCAUCGUGUUACUACGUGUGGAGUAGGUGGACGCGCCUUCUCUCUUCUCUCUCUCUCUCUUUCUCUUUCGCCUUGUCGUGUGUCGUGUGCGUAGCAGUGUAUGUAGCAGAGAGAGAGAGAGCGGUGUUAUUCUCUCGACCUUCGCUCCGAGAUUUGUGCGACUCGCUAGCUCGCGUAAAUCGGCGCGCCGUCUCGCCGAAAGUGCGAGCGUGCCGGACAGAGGAAAGUGCAGAAGAGUGUUGGAGAGUAGUGAGAGCGUAGAAACACAGUGAGUGACGCCCCGCUGUCGCCGCCGCCGUCGCCGAAAUUCAUCGUCUCCGUCCUCCAGCGGGCAGGCGACGACGACGUGUAAAGUGUACGUAGUCGCCGAACUCGAAGCGGACUCGAAUCGCGAGCGUGCGACACAUGAGGAGGAGGCGAACUCGCGGCGCGAGUUAUUCGGACGAAGAGGAGAAGCAGCCAGCAGCGGCGCUACCACCAGCGGCUAACUUCAGCCUCCUCCAGCGAGGAAUGCAGCUUCGGGAUCGUCGUCUGCGGCCGCGGCCGGCCGCCACGCUUCGAGAGACAUGACGCGAUGAUCGACGAGGCACCCGGUGCAUCCGCCCUGAUCGCCACCGCACCAUUACGCCGCACUACCACUUGCCCUUGCUGUCGCCGACACCGUCGUCGCCGUCGUCGCCGUCGCCGCUGCUGCUCGCGUCGUCCUCCGCCCGCGUUCUCUCCUCUCUCUCCUCUUUGUGUGUGUCUCUCUCUUUCUCUCUCUCUCUCUCCUCUCGCUUUCUCGUUCUCUCGCGCGACCGUGUGUGUACGCGCAUCGCCCGUAGUAUUAGCGCUACGCAACGGCCCCCGCAGAGUGUGACGAAGUAAGUUUCUCGCCGUGAAAACGCGCCAGCCGGGAGAAUCAUGGGUGAUGUGCACGGGCUUCUUCUAGUUAGUGACCUCGGCCAGGAGGAUACCAACGCCUGGGACGACGACGACGUCGGGACGUCGGCAGCCGUCGGCAUGCUCCGCUCGAAAUGCUACUGGCAAAACUACGAGUCACGGGAGCAUCGUCAACACAACACCGAGACCUCGCUUACUUCAACACGGCGUCACCGAAUCAUCGCGAAGCAAUCCAAGCUGAAUUUUGACGUUUCCAGGGCGCAUUCGAGCGAUCGACAGAGAGGUGGACAGCAGAAAACACGCGAGGCGUCACGAUGCAGCUUCACCGUCAUUGGCGUCCUCCACUUGUUCGUCCUGGUCGGCCUGUUCGCCCUCGGCACCGCCGAGGCACGGACCUUUUGCCCUAACGGUUGCACCUGCGACGAUGACACUCUGGUGGUUUCCUGCGUGGGCGCCAACCUGGAUGUAAUACCUAUUGCGCUAAAUCCCAGCAUUCAGCGAAUAGUGUUAAAGGAGAAUCGCAUCAAGAUUGUGGAUGCAGCAGCUUUCCAGUUCUACGGUGACUUGAAGAACGUCGAUCUUUCCAGCAACCACCUGUUCACCAUACCCAACGGCAGUUUCGAUGCCCAACGACACCUUGUGGAGCUCCAUCUGAAGCACAACAAGAUUUCGGCGUUGACCGAGAAGACGUUCCAGGGCCUCAAAUCCCUCACGGUAUUGAACCUGCGGGACAACUAUCUGGAGAUGCUGAAAAACGGCCUGUUCGCUUAUCUAUCGAAGCUCGAGGAGCUCGAUCUGGGCCAGAAUCGCAUAUCGAAGGUGGAGCCAGGCGCGUUCCAAAAGUUAGGCACCCUCCGAGUGCUCUAUCUCGACGACAAUCAAUUGCGAACCAUUCCAUCGCCAGCCUUGGCGCCAUUAAACGCCCUUGCCGAGCUUCAUAUCGGCUGGAACGCCUUCUCCUCGUUACCGGACGACGCGUUUAAGGGUCUCGAGCAACUGGCAGUGCUAGAUAUCAUGGGCGCCGGACUGGACAACAUCAGUGAUGGAGCGUUUCGAGGCUUAAAUGCCCUCCGGACUCUAAAACUGGGCGCUAAUAAGCUGCGCGAAGUGCCGACGAAGCAAUUAGCGGUGUUGCCGCGCCUAGAGGAGCUUACUUUGGGCCAGAACUUCUUCACGAUUUUGCGAUCGGGAGCCUUCCAAGGUCUGUCGACGUUAAAGAAGCUCGAUGUAUCCGGCGCCAAGUUGCUUACCACCGUGGAGAAAGGAGCCUUCUCGGACAACGCCAAUUUGGAGACUCUUGUGUUAAACAGUAACAAGCGCCUGGCCACUAUGGAGGACGGUUCCCUGGCCGGUUUGCCGAAUCUGAGGCAUCUGAUGCUGCGCGACAAUGCCUUCGUUACGUUUUCGGAGUCGCUGGUUGCCUGGAACGAACUACGUCGUUUGGAUCUCAGUGAAAACCCGAUAGUGUGCGAUUGCAGUCAGCUGUGGUUGGCUGAGAUACUUGUCCCGAGGAACUCGAGCCCGGUGAUAUGCGCCGAGCCGCCUGAGUCCAAGGGUAAACCCAUUAAAGGUAUGAGCGCCGACGAGCUGGGCUGUGCCUUCUCGGAUCCGCGUAAACAGGCUUUACUCGCGACAGUGUGCGCCGCUGGACUAGCCCUCGUCACUGGCCUUGCACUGCUCCUAUACUACCGAUGUCGCAGACGCGUGCGGGAUGCGCUCAAGGACUACAAGUGGAAGAAUCGUGCGAUAUCGCGAAAAGAACACGAAUACCAAAAGACUUUCUCCGAUGAUGAGUAUAUCGUACGCUCGGCGCACGCUCAUCAUCAUCAUCAUCACCAUCAGACGCCACAGUCCCAACCGGUGCCCACGCACCAUCAUCAUCACCAUCUUCAGCAGUUGCAGCAGCAACAGCAGCAACAACAGCAGCAGGCGCAAAUAGCGGCCGGUAUCAAACCGAUACCGGUGACGGAACUGUAGCUAGAACUUCGGGCGGCGAGCCCCGGGACCGGUGGGGUCUGG